AUGGCGGGCGGGGCGGCGGGCGAGGUGCACUGCCUCAGUUACGCGGGGUGCAACUUCCUGCGGCAGCGCCUGGUACUGUCCACGCUCAGCGGGCGGCCGCUGAAAAUCCACAAGAUCCGCUCCAAGGAGGAGGACCCUGGCCUCCGGGAUUUUGAAGCAAGUUUUAUUCGCCUGAUUGACAAAGUGACCAAUGGCUCUCGGAUUGAAAUAAACCAAACAGGUACCACCUUAUAUUAUCAGCCUGGUCUUCUGUUCGGAGGCUCGUUGGAACAUGACUGCAGCCCCAGUCGUAGUAUUGGCUACUAUUUGGAAGGUCUGCUCUGCCUGGCACCUUUCAUGAAACAUCCAUUGAAGAUUGUCUUGAGGGGAGUAACAAAUGAUCAAGUAGAUCCUUCAGUUGAUGUCCUUAAGGCAACAGCUCUACCCCUACUGAAGAAGUUUGGAAUUGAUGGUGAAGGUCUGGAAAUCAAGAUCAACCGGAGAGGAAUGCCUCCUAAAGGGGGUGGAGAGAUACUGUUUGCUUGCCCAGUGAGAAAGGUCUUGCAUCCUAUUCAGUUCACAGACCCUGGCAAAAUCAAACGCAUCAGAGGAACUGCAUACUCUGUCAGAGUGUCACCACAGAUGGCAAACAGAAUGGUGGAAUCUGCAAGGAGCAUCCUGAAUAAAUUCCUCCCAGACAUUUAUAUCUACACAGAUCAUAUGAAGGGGGUCAGCUCUGGAAAAUCACCAGGUUUCGGCAUGUGCCUUACUGCAGAAACCAUCAACGGCACUGUUCUCAGUGCUGAGCUAGCCUCAAACCCUCAGGGCCAGGGAGAAGCUGUGCUACCUGAGGAGCUGGGCCAAAACUGUGCUAAGCUGUUGCUUGAAGAGAUCUACAGGGGAGGCUGUGUAGAUUCAACAAAUCAGGGCCUUGCUCUGCUCCUUAUGACCCUUGGCCAACGGGAUGUUUCCAAAGUCCUAUUAGGACCUUUGUCUCCAUACACAAUUGAGUUUCUGCGACACCUGAGAAGCUUCUUCCAGAUCAUGUUUAAAAUUGAAACAAAGACCCCUGAGGAAGAGCACAUGGGCGGGGAAAAAGUUUUAAUGACUUGUGUUGGCAUUGGAUUUUCCAGUCUUAGCAAAACCAUAAGAUAAGAAACAUCUGCAGACUUCAUGAAACAGCAUGACAGAAAACACUGCAAAGAUCUGAUCAAACCUGCCUUUUCCUGUGUGCUUACUCUGGCCCAGGGAAAUGAAUGACAAACCUAGUGCAGAGGUACC